GCUUGUCCGAGCCACAAGGAAUAACCUGAAUCCCGACGUGAGAAGGCUGGAUUCAUCUGCCACUGAACUGGGGGCCGGUUCUCUCUCUCCCUCUUUCUCCUGUUAUGUCCAAGAUCUGCACUUUGCCUGGCAAUUGCUUUGAGUUCCAAAGGACCAGGGGACUAGGAUGAGGAGGAGCAAUAGAUAUUCCUUGAACCUGCUUUGGUUGUUGCCACCGUUCUUAGUGUGGACCGUGGUGGCCCUUGACUUGGGACCUUCGCCCUGCACCACCUUGGUCCAGGGCAAGUUUUUUGGAUACUUCUCCUCUUUUGCCGUCUUCCCGUUGAACGCUUCCCGCUGCAAUUGGAUUAUCCAGAACCCCGAUCCUAGGAGAUACACGUUGUACAUGAAGGUUUUGAAGCCCUCGGGUCUCUGCGACCAUCAGCAGAUACACACGUACCAAUUUGACUCCUUCUUGGAGUCUACACGGACGUACCUGGGCAUGGAGAGCUUUGACGACGUGUUGAACCUUUGCGAUGGCUCUACCCGCUACGCCUUCCUCCAGUCAAACAAGCAGUUCCUCCAGAUGAAGCAGACUCUGUCCAAAGUGGAUAGCGGGUGGAUCAGGUGGAAACCGGCCAAGGUUCAGGAAAGAGACUUCUCGGUUGAGUAUCUUGUGGUUGGCAACAGAAGCCCUAGCAAAGCCGCUUGCCAGAUGCUGUGCAAAUGGCUGGAUACUUGCUUGACCACCAGCAGCAGCUCACACCCUUGUGGCAUCAUGCAGACACCGUGCUCUUGUUUCACUGGAGAGGUGCUGGAUCAACCCAGUGAGAUCUUUGGCUUAACCAAAAAGCAGGACAAUUGUUUUAAGGAUGGGAUUUACCUGGAGAAUUGCAUGAGUUCCACCAAGGACACCACUGGGCUGGAUUUCUUGG